AUGCAAACCUCCUCCCUUUGUCGCUCCUACCGCCCAUCACGACACGUUUUACGACCGCUGGCCUGCCCAGGACGCCGACUCGCGCUGCCGAGAUAUUUACGCAUCUCUUCCCUCUCUUCUCCCAUUUCGACAUCCAUACAACGAGCCAUUGGCACCACACCUGCGAUCCUCCCAUACCCCUCGCACUUUGCCUUCCCACCGUCCAUGAUGAAUAGAAAGCGAGCAGCGCCGUCUUCGGCCGUGACGGCUCCCUCUGCGGCCUCGCCGAGCGCAUCAAAGAAGAGAAAGACGGACAAUGUACCGAAAUUCUACGCCGUGCAGGUCGGCUUCAGACCGGGCGUCUACACGACCUAUGCCGAAUGCGCGCAGCAGACGGCAGGAUUCAAAGGAGCGCUGUUUCGGUCAUUUAUUUCAAGGUCAGACGCCGAAGCGUUUGUGGCUGGCAAAAAGGUUGCGGCCACGGCAGAAGGGCCGGCCAGGUUUUACGCAGUGGCUGUGGGCAACCCGACGGGCAUCUACAACCACUGGGACGAUGCGGCAGAAGCUAUCAAGGGCGUCAAAGGACCAAAGUAUAAGCGGUUCAGCAGCCGCGCCGAAGCCGUCGACUAUAUCCGAGAACAUGGAAGCAUGGAAGCCGUCAUGGCGCUUGGCGAAAGGCCAACAGCCACGACAGCCAGUGGCACGACAAUCGACAUGCCGACACUGGUGAAGAAGCCCACCAAAACAGCGACAAGGGUGCCACCACCGCUCGCAUUACCUCAGAUGCAGGAAGAUGUCAUCCGAGUAUACACAGAUGGCAGCAGCCUGGCCAACGGUAAAGCCGGCGCGCGAGCCGGCGUGGGCGUCUUCUUCGGGGUCGGCGACGCGCGCAACAUUUCGGAGCGACUCGAGGGCGACCCGCAGACAAACCAGCGGGCGGAGCUGAUGGCGAUGCUGCGGGCGCUGCAGGUGUGCCCGACGGGCACGACGGUCAAGAUUAUCAGCGACAGCCAGUACUCGAUCAAGUGUGUGACGCAGUGGGCGACGAGCUGGAAGAAGAAGGGCUGGGUGACGGCGACGGGCGAGCCGGUCAAGAACCAGGACAUUAUCCGGUCGGUGCUGGCCAAGAUGGAAGAACGUGGCAAGGCGGGCGGCGCGACGCAGUUUGAAUGGGUCAAGGGCCAUUCAUCGGACAGAGGGAAUCAGGCGGCGGAUGCCCUGGCCGUACGGGGAGCCAAGAUGUGA